AUGGACGCUUCUGUCCCUGUGUUUGAAAAAUCUCACCCCCGCCUUAGUGUCUUGGACUGGACUAGAAAUAUACAGCACUUGCAAAAUGAAGCAAGACUACGACGCUUUGAGGGUUAUGAACUUAGACAAAGGGGAAAUCAGUUGCGUAACGAAACUUCAGUUACUACGAGAUGGGAUACUAACGUUAAUAAUGAGCUACUGCGAGACAGAAUAUUCGAAGUGGAAUCAUGGCGGGAAAAACAGCGUUUUACGCGGGAACAAGUGAGGGAUGAGAGCAGAGCGCUUAAAGAAGAGAAGAAUGCAACAGAAUUACAUUUGGAGUCACUUCAAGUGCCGUUGAUGGUUGUGUCUCAGUGUUUGUCGAAUAGGGAUCAACGAAUGCCGCCAGAAUUAACCAGGGAUCAACUUGGGGAGGAAUUAAAUAAGGUUUUCAAGAUCCUUUUCAAUAAUUUAUUUUUCUACUUGCAAGGUUUAUUUAUGAACUUCACAUAA